AUGCCUCCUGUUUGUAAACUUCCCCGAGACAUAGCAAUAGAUCUGCUCGUAGAGGCUGGUGGCAAAUUCAGUGAUUGGCGAGUGAGUGUUAAAGAGGACAGGGGAGGGAUUCUCACAGAGGCUAGGAAAAAACUGAAUGCUCAACCAUUGAAUUUUCUUCAGAAAGAGGCUCCUGCUGAAGAAACUGAUAAUGAAACAAAUGAUGAGUCAAUUGCCAAAGAAAGGGAUUCUGAAGAGGACAAUAAUGAAGCAGAUUUCGAUUUGAAUGAUGAUCGCCGAACAACUCAUACUUUGAGGCCCAAAGUUUGGGCAAACGUAGUGAGCCUGGCAUUCUGGAAGCAGUGGAGACUUCCUUGUGCAUUCGUCUUUAAACGAGGAGAAGUCAACGUAUCUGACAAUCGACUCCACUUCAUAAAAAUCCAGGAAGUUUGUCGUAGCAAAAAAUGCAACAAUAGUUUCCGAGGCUAUGUCGAUAAAGAGCCUUCAUCUUUAACAGAAGAGCUGUUAAUUCGUGUCAAAACCCGCGAUACGUCUGGAGAGGUACACGAGCUAGUGAGACGUCCAUUAAAUGGCAAAAGGAGAAGACAGCUUGGAAAAGCUGCUCUAUCAGAAGGCAGUGCCAACAAUGUAAAAAAACAAUUGGCCAGAGAAAAUCUUAGAAGAGGCGAUAUAGGUGGCCCAAACGAACCGUCCCUCGAUGUUUUGCGUCAUGCUAAAAAAGAAGCUAUUGCUGAGGAAUUAGGCACGAAUAGAGUAAAAAAUGAAGACAUGAUCCAAACCAUUGAAAGAAUGAAAUAUGAGAAAGAAUUCAUGGGAUCAAUUAUUGAUACUGGAUACUGA